UGGUCUUCGGUGACGGAGGCUGAACAACAUUUGGGGUGCCAUUGUGUGUCCCGCCAUAUUGUCGUCCUGUGUCUUUGGCUGAGACCCCCAGAUACCUCCCCUCGGUAUCUGCGUCCUCUCCAUUGACUGCAAGUCUCUGGAGGACAUCAGAACUUCCGGUCUCUGGAAAUGGAGUCAGUGACCUUUGAGGAUGUGGCUGUGAACUUCACCCUGGAGGAGUGGGCUAUGCUGGAUUCAUCUCAAAAGGACCUCUACAAAGAUGUGAUGCAGGAAACCUUGAGGAACCUGGCCUCUAUAGGAAAUAAAUGGGAACACCAAAAUGUUGAGAAUGAGUAUGAAAAUCUCUGGAGACAACUAAGGAGCCAGUUGUUGGAGAGACUCUGUGAAUAUACAGAAGGUCGUCAGUGUGCAGAGUUCUUUAACUGGAUUCCAGAGUAUGCUGUGAACCAGAAAUCAUGUUCAGGAGUCCCUACAUAUGAAAGCCAUGUAUAUGGAAAAGUGGUUGUUGGCCAUUUAUCUUUAAAUGUCCCUCCACAUCCUCACCCAGAACACAAACCGUAUGACAAUCAGGAAUAUGGAAAAGAGUUAUAUAAAGAUAAGGAAUUUGGGGGUACCUCCAGUUCUUCCACAACCUUUCAGAAGCAUAAAAGAAUUCACACUGGGGAGAAAUCUAAAACUAGUCACUGUAAUGAAGAAGUUAGGUGUCUCAUAUCCAGUCAAAACAAUGAAAAGACUUCUACUGGAGAUAAACAGUAUGAAUGUAAGCAAUGUGGAAAAGUAUUCACUUCUUCCAGUUCUUUUAGAAGGCAUGAAGAAUAUCACAGCCGAGAAAAAUCUUAUGUUUGUAAGCAGUGUGGGAAAGCCUUCCCUUUUCCUAGUUCCUUACAAAUACAUGAAAGAAUUCAUACUGGUGAGAAGCCCUACAUGUGUAAACAGUGUGGAAAAACCUUUGCCCGUUCAAGUUCCCUUCUAACACACGAGAGAAUUCACACUGGAGAAAAGCCCUAUGUGUGUAAGCAGUGUGGAAAAGCCUUCACUGAUCGUAGCUCACUUCGAUUUCACGAAAUGAUGCACAGCGGAGAGAAACCCUACAAAUGCACAAAAUGUGGUAAGGCUUUUGCUUCUUCUGGUGCCUUCCGAAAACAUGAACGAACUCACACAGGAGAGCAACUCUUCGUGUGUUUGCAGUGUGAGAAAGUUUUCAGUUGUGAAAGUGCUUUUCGAACACAUAAAAUCAUUCAUUCUGGAGAAUGUGUAUGUAAGCAAUGUGGUAAAGCCUUCACUAGUCACAGUUCAGUUAAGUACCAUGAAUUGAUGCAUAGUGGAGAGAAACCCUAUGUGUGUAAGCAGUGUGGAAAGACUUUUAGAUCUCCUAAACAAGUUCAAAUUCAUAAACGAACUCACACUGGAGAAAAACCUUAUGUGUGCAAGGAAUGUGGGAAAGCGUUCACGUUUCUCGGUUCCCUUCAAUACCAUGAAUUGAUUCAUACAGGAGAGAAGCCCUAUCUAUGUAAACAAUGUGGAAAAGCCUUCAGGUCUUCUCGUCAGGUUCAAAUACAUGAACGAACUCACACUGGAGAGAAACCAUAUGUAUGUAAGCAAUGUGGAAAAGCCUUCUUUUCUUUGUAUCAUUUAAGAAGACAUGAAGUAAUUCACAGUGGCAUGAAUCCCUAUGUUUGUAAGCAAUGUGGGAAAGCUUUCAGUUGGUUCAGUACCUUUCACAGUCAUAAACAGACUCACACUGGAGAAAAACCCUAUUUAUGCAAGCAAUGUGGGAAGGCCUUCUGUAGUCGCAUAUCAUGGAGAAGACAUGAAAAAGCUCACUCUACAGUGAAGCCUUAUGCGUGUGUGCAAUGUGGAAAAGCCUUUCGUUCCCCUAGUUACCUCAAAAUACAUGAAAGAAUCCACACUGGAGAGAAACCUUUCAUAUGUUCACAGUGUGGGAAACCCUUCCGUUCUUUUCGUUAUGUAAAGUCACAUGAAAGAAGUCACACUGGAGAGAAACCCUUUGUAUGUACAGAAUGUGGGAAAGCCUUCAGUUAUUAUAGUUCUUUCCACAGACAUAGAAGAACUCACCAAACAGUAACCUUGAAUACAGAACUUGAAAAGACUUCAUAACAAGACUGCAAUCAAAGAGAACUAUAAAGGUUAAACAUGCAGAAAACCUUUUGGUCCUGUUCAUGGAUAAAGAAAGAACAUGUUUGGGCCAAGCGUGAUGUAGCACACCUUUAAUCCCAAAACUUGAGAGGCAGAGAGGCAGGGAAUCUCAG